AUGAAUCAAUUAGAUGAUUGCGAAGAUUAUGGAUAAAUAUAGUAAUAGCCGAGGAGAUAUUAAUAAGUUCCUACAUAUAGUGAUUUAUAUUAUGAUUUGGAAAAGAUAAGAAGAUUUGAGGAAGGGGUAGAAAUAAUAGAAUUAAAUGAUGGAUUGCAUCAAGGGAAGAGUUCAUAAUUACAUACAUGUAGGUAUGAAAUAUAAAUUAAGAUUAUUCAAUGAAGUGGAUGGAAUACUUAGUUGAAUUAGAGAUUGAGUUAAAAGGAUUGUUCUCUGAUAGAGUAGUGAUUGUGCCUGAUUUAAAUCAAUAUGUGACUAAGCGUUUAUAUCCAAUGAUAGAUGUGACAAUGGAUAAAGUGUAUUGAGCUUGUUUCUAAAAUAGUUUAAUUGAUUAGAACAAAUUAAAGAUAUAGUGUUACAUCAAUGAGAUCUUACUUCUUGUUUAGAGAAUAAGUAUGAAGAUUUGGAAAGAAUACCCUUAGAUUAGUUUAGGACUAUUGAAAAAAUUACAUUCGAUUUAAUGCAAUUCUUUAUUUGAUAGCAGAUUCCGAGAUUCGAGUUUAUUUAUUGAUGCAUUAAAUGAUUUCUAUGGUGAACGAUUACAUCAUCAUGUAAGUUUUUAAGCUGAAGGUUAUGACAAUACGUAUUAUACAGAAGUAUACAAUUCUAAAUCAUUUUAUCCAUUAAAAGGAGAGAUCUUAGAAUAACAUCGAUUGAAUUAAGAUGUAUUCACUUUCUCUCCUUUUUAAAGAAUUUAAAUUCAUUAUUUCUAUAAAAAUGGAGGUUUUGCUCUUUUAGAUGAUGCUGUGAGAAAUUUCAAUCUCAAUUUAUUAGAUAUCUUUUCAAUCUUCUAAUAUUUGAAUUCUUACAUUGAUAAAUAGAAAUUCUUAAAUUACUUUCAUCAUUUUUAAUUCUAAAAUUUAACAUCUAAAUUAACAGAAGAAGAAAUUAAAAAUUCUAAUAGAGAUACUAUUAAAAAAUUAACUGAAGGAAUUGAAAAUAUGUUUGAUCAAUUAUAUUCUUCUUCUGAAAAAAAAUAAUUGAUUGCUCAGGCAGAAAUGAGUGUAUUUUUGUAAUGUUUUCGUUGUAAUGCUUUAGAAAAAAGAAUCUAUGGUAUUUAUUUUAUAUUAUUAAAAAGGAUUGUAAUAGUUUUGUGAUAAAAUUAAUACUGCAUAAUCAAAUGAAUUCAUUGUUUAAUAAUAUUAUUUUAAUGAAGAAUGGUAUAAAAAUGAAAAUGUCUUAAAAUAUAUGGUAGAAAAUUAAGUGUUUCAAGAAUUAUUUGGAGAAAAAGCACAUUUUGAAUUGAUCAAAAGAAGUUUUCCAAUAAUUCAAUUUCUGUAUCUCCAUCAUAAAUUAAGCAAAGAUGAAAUAUUAACUAUUCUAAGAUUAGGAAAAGGUAAACAUGAAACUUGGGAUAAUAUGAUUUCUAAAUUACUUACAGAUUUAGCUGAAAUCUUAACAUUAGAAGAUGUAGAAACUAUGAUCUAAAAUAUUUAAUAAAGUUAAAUCGAUUAAAAUGGACUCAAUUUUAUUAAAAGUUUAGGAAGAAAUAAAUACUUAAGAUAAGAUCUAGAUCAAUAGUAAAAAUGGAUUGAAAAUAAUGAAGAUAAUUUUACAUCAUAGAGUGGAAGAGGACCUGGAAAAAGAAAGUACUAACAAUAUGAAACUGAUUAUAAAGAAGUAGAAUAAAAUAAAGCAGAAAUUAUUGAAUAAUUUGAUAAUGAAAAAGCUAUCAAAUUAAAAUCUUAAAUUGUAGAAUUCUUAUUAAAUAUUGUUCAUGAAUAACCUACAACUGAAAUUGGACAAUCAGCAUUUACAAUUGCUAUCAAUUUAAUUUGUCAUCAAUUUAAAUAGCUUAGAAUAUAAUAUCUCUUAUCUGGCUUCUCUAAUUUAAUUGCCUAAGAUUAACCCUUACCAGUGUGCCAUUACAUUACAGUUUUAUAGAAGAUUAUCUCCUCAUCCUAUCCUUUAGAUAAGUUUACUAAUUCAAAAGAUGUUUUGUAAUGGAUCUAAGAGAAAUAUGAUAUCAAAUUGAAUUUCUUAAGAGUUAUGGGUCGAGAAAAAUUGAAAAUACUCAAAAGAGAAAAUAAAGACUAUUUAUAAAUUAUUGAACAAUUUGUUAAAUUCUAUUAGUUUCUUCAUCAAGAUUCUAAAAUCACAAAAUCUUAAUUGAUGAUUUUGUGGAAAUUGUUAGUAGAGAAUGCAAGAUGUUAUGAGGAGAGAGAUCUAUUUUUCAAUUGGGUAGGGGAUGUUAGUAAGAAAUUUUUGGAUUAGGAAGCAAUUGAGCUAUUAUUUAUUUCAACAAUAAAAUGCAAAGGAUUAAGUGAAUCGAUGUUGUAGUGUUUGACAAAUCUGAUUCUAUAUUUCAAUGUGUAAUAUAAAGUGAUGAAGAUACAGUAUGAUUAAUAUACUAUUUUGGAAUCAGAUAUUAUUGGAUUUCAAGUUUUGUGGAACAUUUUCAAAUAUUAAGAGCAUUUGGGAAGUAAAUUAUAGGAAUUUUUCAUAAGAAUUUUAAGAUUCAAACAGAAAUAAAGCAUUUUAAAUGAAUUAAAAUAAUAAUAUUUAGUUUAAUUAUUUAAUUAAAUAGAGAAUAGGAAUUCAUUAUCAUUUAUAAUAAAAUUAUUGGAAGAUUUUGAAGGGUACUAAUUAGCUGAGUAGGGUGAAAAGGUAUUUGUGACAAUUGAUAAUAAAUGUAUGGAUGCAAUGCCCCCAAAGAGAUAAGAUAUAUAAUUAUUGAGUGGAUUGAUGGUACUUUAAGCUAAACAAAUAAUUGGGUAGAAAUUGAAUCCAUCUUUAAAGCCUGAUGAAUUUGAUAUAAUUUGUAGAGGUACAUUAUUUGAUGACAAUAAAACAUUAAAGGAUUAUAAAGUAAAUUAGAAAUUGACAUUUGUAAUAUCAAAACGAGAGAUAGUGACAGAUGAGAUGAAUGCUUAUAAUAAUACGAGUAAUUAGAUUUGUAAUGAAUAUGUACCAAAAGAGGCAGAUGAGAAAGUUUAAGAAAUAGUUAAUAUUGUUUAAAUUUAAGAUAAAGAUUUUAUACUUUCUGUUUUGAAAGAGAAGAAUUGGUAAGUAGAUAAUGCCAUAUGUGAUAUUUUGGAUCAUGGAGAUUAGUUAUUAUAGGAAUACUAAUAAAAGAAUCCAUAAGUUAAAAAGCCAAAGUAAAUAGUAAAAUAAAAUAAUGAUGAGAUUUCAUUUGCAUCAUUAAUUUCAAAUAAUUAUAUUGAUUAAUUAUUUAUACUAUUGAAUUAAGAUAAUAGUGAAUAGAAUACUAAAAUUUGGUCAAUCUUAUAAAUGAUUCCAAGGAAUAAAUAAGUUUAUGAAUUGAUUGAAUAAUCAAAAAUGGAUUGGUAUAAUUACUUAAUAGUUGAUAAUAAAUACAAAUUAUAGUAUCAUUUAUAAAUACUUAAAGAGUAAUUACAAUGUGAUUUUAUAGAAGAUUAAGAUGAGUAUGAAAAGAGAAAGGAUUUAAGAGAAAGUUUUCUUCUUUAAGGUGGAUUAAAUUUAUUAUUGUUUUAAUUAGAUAACUCUAUAGAAAUUCUGAUUAUCAUAAUAGAUAUAUUCCAAAUAUAUUUUACAGCUUAUUCACUAAGUAGAUUGAUGAUGAAUUAAAAUGAAUUUAUGCAAUUACUUAAAUUGAAGUAGGCAAUCUAAUAAAAAGAUGAGGAUCCAAAACUUUGUAGUUUAUUGAGUAUUCAAUUAUAGAAAUAAGAGAAACCUAAUAUUUAAGGAUAUGAUGAAGCUUAACUAUUAUAGAAUGUCUUUUAUAAUACUGAAUUAGAUGUCGAAUGGAAUGUUUUAUUGGAUGCUCUAAUUUAAAGAAUGGGAGUUGAAUAAAUCUACACUUCUAUACUAUGUAUAUUAUAUAUGAAACCAUAAUUAUUAAAGGUUUAAUUGCCAAUUCAAAAAUUAGUUGAAUUGCUUGCAAGUUCAAAUGAAGAAUAAAGAAAGAUGACUGCUUAUUUCAUUCUUACUCUAUAAGAUAUUGCAAAAAAGAAUAAUGUGAAUCUCAGUAAUGAUCUACUUAAGGCAUUAUUUAAGGGAGAAACUCAAUAUGAUGAAUUAUAUCUGGUUAUAGCUGGAUUGAUUGGUUAAGUUAAUGAUCUAACAUUCUUUGAUACUCAUCAAUUAGCUUAAUAAAUUAUAUCAUUGAUAUCUAAUCGUUAAAUUAUUGAAUAGAGAUUUACAGAAAAUGAAGAUAAAUUAUUAUAGGGCAAUUUAUUAUUAUUGACAUCCUUAUUAUAAGUGGAUUCAAAUAUCACUGUUGAUAUACAAUUCACUAAAUACUUAUAUCAAUGUUUAUUCGAAAUGAAUAACGAUUAUUAUAAAUAUCCUAUCUACAAACGUAAAUUAACUAGAAAAAGAGCAUUUUAAUUAUUAUUACAAUUAAGUAAAAGUCAAAAUCAUCUUAUACAGUUAUUGCCACUCAUUCUAAAUCAUCACAAACUUAAAUUUGAUCUUAAUGAAAUUGAUAUGGAUUUAGGAGUUAAGGGAUCUCAUGGAUUUGUUGGACUCAAAAAUCUUGGAGCUACUUGUUACAUCAACUCACUUCUUUAAUAAUUUUAUAUGAAUAAACACUUAAGAAAAGGAAUUCUCAAUGGCCAGAUCAUGAUUACUGAAAUGAAAGCUCCUCUAGUCUUUGAUAAUAUAAGUGCUGUUGAUCUACCAGUUUUAUAACGUAAAUUAACUGAUCACACUUUACAUCAAUUAUAAUUAGUUUUCAUUCAAUUACAAGAGUCUGUUAAACAAUACAUCAAUCCACAUUUAUUUAUUAAAACUUUAAAGGGAUUUGAUGGAGAAGUUAUUAAUGUUCUUAUUUAAUAAGAUUGUAAUGAAUUUUUUAAUUUGAUUACAGAUAAAUUAGAAUAAGAUUAAAAAUUUACCAAUUAAUCAAAUCUUAUUCCAUAACUAUUAGGAGGUACUUUAGUGAAUGAGAUAAAGUCAUUAGAGGCUGAUUUUGAUUUUAGAAGAGAAAAAGAAGAACCAUUCUUAACAGUUUCUAUAGAUAUCAAACAUAAGAAAUGUCUAGAAGAAGCAUUGGAUUUAUUUGUAAAAGGAGAUGUUCUUGAUGGUGAGAACAAAUAUUUAUGUGAAGAAGUGUAAAGAAAGAUUGAUGUUUAAAAGAGACAAUAUUUUAAGAAAUUACCAAAUACUUUUAUUUUCCAUUUAAAACGAUUUGAAUUCGAUUAUAAUACAAUGCUGAGGAUAAAGAUAAAUGAUUACUUUGAAUUUCCUCAAGAAAUCAAUAUGUUUAAGUGGACUCGUGAUAGUAUUGUAGAGAAUAUGGAAAUUGAGGAUAUGAGUGAUUACAUGUAUAUUUUGAAGGGAGUAUUAGUUCAUAUUGGAAGUGCAGAGGGAGGUCAUUACUAUUCUUUUAUUAGAGAUGUUGAUUAAUGGUAUGAAUUUAAUGAUAAAUUGAUUUGUCCAUUUAAAAUAGAGAAUUUAAAGACUGAAUGUUUUGGUGGUGGAGGUAAUAACAAUAUUUCAGAUUGGGGAAUUAAUAAUAGUAAAAAUGCUUAUAUGUUAUUUUAUGAAAAGGUUAAACAAGAUAUUCCUGAAUAAUUAAAUGUUAGAGGUACUAAUGAAGAAUUAUUGAUUAAUUAAGUAAUAAGUGAGAAUACUGAUUAUUUGAAGAAUUAAUUAUUUUAUGCUUAAGAUUACUUGAAAUUUAUUUAAAAUUUUGUAUAGUAAUUACAAAUAAAAAAUCCAUUUAAAUUGAAUCAAUAAUUAUCAAAUGAAAAUAUUUGGAGGGAAUUGGAAAGUUUACCUUCAUUCAGUAUGUUAAAAUUAUUUACAUUUUUCACUUAUGAAGUAUUACUAAGAAAUAAGGAUUAAUAGAUGUUUUAAUAUAAUAUUUAGAUAUUGAGUGAUAUGUACAAAUAGGAACCAGCAGGUAAUUUUUGGUUUAUUGAUUUGUUAAGAAAUUAGAAAUAAAUAAUAAUAGAUUUAUUGAUAGAAUCAUCACAUUCAGAGAUAAGAAAUGCAUUUGGAUAAUUGAUAGUAUAAUCAAUAACAACAAUAAUUGAAUAAGAAUAAAAUUACUUAUUCGAAGAUUGUUGUGUAGUUCGAUUUCUUUAAUUCUAUAUGAAAAAAUUAUUAGGAAUGGUGAGGAGUGCUUUGAGAAGAGGAACAGAAUAUUUCUAAGUUAUUAAGAAUAUCUUGAUUAGUAAUUAACAAUUGGUUAAACACUUUUAUGAUCAAGAAUAUUUUAAAUAAAUUUAUUAAUUAUUAUAAGAGUAAGUAUCAUCAGUAUAGAUGAUAAAUUGCUUUAAAUUACAGUAAUUAUAGACUAAUAAUGUUGAUUAACCAUUAAUAGUAAUUUGUGAUAUAAUUGCAAAAGUGAUAAUGAGUUGUAGAACUUAGAUCAUGAUUGAAUAGAAUGAAGAUGCUCCUACUUAUUUAUUCAAAGGAUAAAAACAUAUGGAUAUUGAUAAUUAUUGGUUAAAGAGAUUAUUAGAAACUGAUGAUUUUAAGAAAUAUAUUUUAGCUAUGAUUCAAUUCUAACCUAAUUUAAUUGAGAUGAUUAAACAUAUAUGUUGGAAAGAUCAUACUAAUAGUUAUCAUGUUAUAACAUUAAUAGUGGCUGUAUCAUUAGAAUAUUUAAUUGAUUGGUAAUAUUUAGAGAAUCUUUCAUAAACUAUUGAGGCUUUAUUUAAAAUGGAAGAUGAUUUAGUUGAAAUACGUUUAUAAGCCUUAUUAUGUGAACCAACAAAGACUUUAUCAUGUCUUAAGGGUUCAUCUAUUUUAAAUGCCAUUCAAGUUUAAUAUGAAAAAGAUAAUAAUUAUUGUUAUUCUAUGAUAUCUAUGCUUGCAAAUCUAGCUACAUAAGUCAAAUAUGUUGGUGAAUACUUUUAAAAUAAUAGAGAUCAAUUUUAAUUUCUCAUUUGGAGAGCUAAAGACUAUAAAAAUAUCCUCUAUGGUUUAUACUUCCCUAUACUAAGAAUCUAGAAAUCAAUCCAAUAGGUAAAUUUAUUUAUUUAUUUUUAGUUAUAAGUAAUAUUCGAAGAAGAAGAUAAAACAAUUCAUUAAAUCACCAUUCCAAAAUAGAAUCAAACUGUUUAAGAAGAACCUGAACCAGAAGACUCAGAUGCUUAGGUAGAUCAUCUGAUAGAAGCCAGUAAGAACAAUUAUACUUAGACUAAAGAAGAUUCCAUGAACAAUAACAAUCCUUCUGAUAGAGAGAAUGAAACUGAUGAAUUAUCAGAAUGAAUAAUAAU